UACUACAUGACUCUACCUGCAAGUUGGGGAAGGAGAACUCAACACUAUUUGAGAUCUGACUACUGGUGUGAGGAGAGAGAUUGCAGAUGGGAAGGAAGUGGUGCCAAGAGCUGCAGCUGCAAAAAGAAGACCUCGUCUGUGGAGGUGGACACCCACAGCGAAAGCACUACAUCAUCUGAGGGUGCCACUCGUACCUUGCUCAUCCAUGGCCCCGUUGAGCUCAAGAAAGGCUGGAGGAGGCAGAAGUGGCAGCUUUUCUUGUACAGCGAUUUAUUACUGAUGUCUAAUACCAAGUAUAAGAAAAACUUUAAGAUAAAAAAGAAAAUACCACUGAACACCAUGUGGAUUGCCAACUGCAUGGAUACAGUGGGAGAUGCCAACAUCAGUUCUGGGAGGUCCUUUGUGUUGGGCUGGCCCACGGUAAACUUUGUGGCCACCUUCAGUUCUUCAGAACAAAAGGAAAAAUGGCGUUCUUACCUUCAAAGUCCGUAACUAUAACAGUGACAAAUUCCGACACGGCAAAUGACACUAUCAACAUGUUACUAACAAUGCUGGGAAUAACCG